UUAGUCAAUUUUGUUUGUUAAUUUCUCUUUUUUAAUUUUGUUCGUUCCUUCAAUUAAAAAUUAUCCGGGAAUUGAAAUUCUACUAUUUCACAAACAAAUAUUUCGGUAUUGAAUACUAAGAAUUCAAAUUCUGAAAUUGAAAUCUAUCAUUUGAAAUGAAUUGAGUAUAUCCAAACACAACCUUAUUGGUGUUUGGGUGGUUUUGUGCAGACUUUUGGGGCUGAAUUUGGGCGUUGGUUGCUGCUGUGUUGUUUCUGCUUCGAAUUGUCUGAAUUUGUUUGUAUUCCAAUUAAAGCAACACUACAAUAAUCAGUACGAAAAACAAUUCAAAGUUUUCCAUCCUCCACCAGCAUUCACUGUUGUAAACUUUGAUUUUAUAAUGGUGAGAUGCAAUGAUAGAUCGAAAACAGAAUAAUUAUCAGACCAUGGAUACGAACAAGGACUACUCAAUCAAGGCAACUGUAUAUCUAUUCUUGUGUGAUGGUUAUGUGCCUAAGGUAGUUAUUGAAGAAGGGUUGAGCUAUAACACUACCAUUAAGGAACUAAAAUUGAAGCUCUGCAGCUUAGCAACCGAUAUUGGGCAUGAACAAGUUGAUCUUGACAAAGCAAAAUUGAUUUGGGAUUUGAACAAGUUGGAGGACAACAUGACUCUAGGAUCUCUUCCUUAUUCGCCCAUUCUCGACAGAAUGUAUCUACUUCCAGACAUUACUCGGACACGAUGGCAGGAGGAGUCUGAGGAGGAGCUACGAUGGCUGGACAUUUGCACCCACGUAUGAGAGGAAGAGGAAGCACGACAAGAGGAGGAGGGGGUUAAGUCCUUGUCUAGAGAGAAGAGACCCAAAGUCAAUGGACAACUCCCUUUUGCUCAGUUUGGAGGCCUAUUAUUUGAUGGUGGCUGUCUUGAGUUUGGGAGUCAUGUUCCUGUUGUCUCUAAGAUUGAGACUUUUGCCAACUCCUUUUCCACUGUUGCUUCUGUUGUUCUUCUAGUUCCAAAUAUCCGCAUCUUUAACACUGUGUUGUCUUCCUUGCCUAGCCACUCUGUCUAAAUACUUGGUUCUUCGUGUCAGUUGGGAUGUGUUAUCCUAUGUGUUUCUUAGGCGGCUCAGGCUACGUUAUCCUAAACUGCCUUUUGUUGCAGUCACCGAUUUAGAUCCCCACCACCUUGACCUCUUCACAUUCCUCGACACCCCUCCUUUGUCUGUAAUCAACUGUUAUGGCUGGCAUCUAGGGUUGGAUGCUGAUGAUGAGGAAACAUCCUUUAUUGAUGAGUAUGAGUUUGUGGAAAUUGCCUGGCUUGGUUUGAGGCCUUCUCAGUUGCAUGAGCUCAAGCGUUUUGACGGCCAAGCCCCUUCAUCUGCCCCUGCCCCUGAUUUUUGCAAGGUCAUUCGUAUGCUUGAGGUGAAUCCCUAUUUGCGCUGCAAGAAAACCUGGUUAGAAGAAUUGGGACACCUCUAACGCUAUGGCAAGACUGUGUUAUUGGAGCCUUUAGAUGAUAAAUUUAUUUCCAAGAAACUAUCUGAAGAGGAUUGGAAAUAAGAACAAAUUCAUCCACUUCAUUCGUAGUUGCUUUAUUAUGAUUUUCUUUCAUGUACUCGAGUUUUAAUUUGUUCUCAUAAUGACUUAGUUUGUGACUUAUAUUGCAGCAUCUUUCAUGUACUUGUAUGCAGCAUCCUACUUUGGUUAUGGAUCAAUUGAGACUUAUAUGUUGGAUCGUCACUGGGAUUUAUACUGUUUUGCCAAUCUAAUAGUAUUGUGAUCAUU